GUUUUUGAAGAGCCCACGCUUCUCACUCUAGGUUCCCCACUCGGCACGCACCAAUGCAGAUACGGACCGGAUCGGACGCUACUGGCGCCUGAACGUGUAUCCAUCUUCACUGCGCUGACGGUGUCUGCUUUCUCCAGCUCGCCGGUGUCAUGCAGUCUUUAAUAUCCCCAGUCACCAAAGCAAUACUGGUUGCACUGUUUAUUUUUGCGAUCCUGCUAAUUUUGUACGUGAUAUUAUGGUAUAUAUGUCGAGAUGUGGAUUGUGAUCACGGAAUUUGAUUGACAUUGUUGGAUGCGUCUUUAAGGACAUGCACCGGGUCUCCCAGCUUUGGCACUGAUCAACAAGGGAGCAAAGGUUGACUCUGGUCACAGGUUCGAGUCUCAGGUCUGGCAGGGAUUGUUGCUGGGGGUAGUGUGAAUAACCAGAGCUCUCUUCCACCUUCAAUACAAAGACUGAAAUUUUCCCAAGCAGAAUGGAAAGGUUGCCAUAGUUACAGGGGGAGCCAGAGGAAUGGGAUAUGAGGUUUCCAGACAUCUAGCCAGCCUGGACAUGCAUGUGGUCAUUGCUGGGAAUGAAGAACAGGAAGGUCUGGCAGCAGUGAAGAAGAUUCGAGAAGAGUUAAAUCAGGGAAAAGUGGAGUUCAUGUACCUGGAUUUGGCCUCUUUGACAUCUGUACGAAACUUUGUCCAGAGAUAUAAAGCCAAAGUUUUGCCACUACACGUCCUUGUCAAUAAUGCUGGCGUUAUGCUUGUUCCGGAGAGGAGAACAGAGGAUGGAUUUGAGCUACACUUUGGGCUAAACUACCUGGGCCAUUUCCUGUUAACCAACCUGUUGCUGGAUGUGCUGAAGAAGUCAGGCAAACCUGGGAAAUGUUCCCGGAUAGUCAUUAUGUCUUCAGCUACACACUAUGGAGGAAGAUUAACUCUGGAUGACUUGCAGGGAAGGAUGUGUUAUAGUGCUCAUGGUGCAUAUGCCCAGAGUAAGCUGGCCCUGCUGCUGUUCUCCUACCACCUGCAGGACCAGUUGUGGGUCAGAGGUGACUCUGUAACAGUUAACGCCGUGGACCCAGGCAUGGUGGACACAGCCCUGUAUGACAAUCUGUGUAGCCCUGCCCAGCUGGCCAAGAAACCUUUCGCAAAACUGCUCUUCAGGACGCCUGCAGAAGGAGCAUCCACGGCCAUCUACGCUGCAGCUGCCUCCGAGCUGGAGGGGAUCGGAGGACUGUAUCUGUACAACGGACGCAAGACGGAGUCUUCAGCACUUUCUCAUGACCAACGGCUGCAAGGCAAGUUGUGGAAAGUAAGCUGCACUCUAGUGGGUCUCCAGUAAACCGGAGAGAACAUCAGCACUGAGCUCCUGAUCAUUGAGACAUGGGCCCUCAUCUUACAGUCCAUAUUACAUCCACCUUAAAAAAAAUCAACUUCAUGCCUUAAGUUAGUAUCCCUAUUUGGCAAAUUAUCCCUUGGUCUUUAAAUCAUCUCAUUAUCUUUGUAGUGUUCACACAAGCCAUCUUAAACAACAUCUUGAGAACGUGUACCUCAACGAAACGUGACAAGUGUGCUGUUUUCCGUCCUGGAACUGCUCUCGUCCUCCUCACUUGGGAACUCUCUGAACACUUUUUCCCUGAACUAAGCAAAUAUAACAGUGAUUUUGACUAAUAAUCUAGUAUCUUGUUCUUUGCUAAGCCUUUUUUGGUGCUUAAUGAAUCUCAGUGGCUGUUCUACUGAUUUUUCUUUGGACUGUUCUCAACAGACCAUAAAGACAAUCGAAGGAUAAAAUAAAUUAUAUGUGAAAUCUCCUGCUCUCUUAACUGGGCAAAUACCAGCCUGUGUCUGUUGAUUCUCUUAGUUUCCAUGCUAGGAUUUUGUGUCUUUAUUUGUUAGUAUAGUUGUAUAUCUUCAGCGGCGCCUACGUUGGAUUAUUCUGCCCAUCAGUCAGUGUCAUUUCUCCCUCUGCCUACCACAUCUAAUUGUCUAAACACAAACUGCAGAAGGGCUAAGGGGGAAAACAUUUGUCUGGCUAAGCCCUACAUUUUUCUUUCCCUCACUGUGCAAUUUGCAAUGCUGUGUUUUGAACUUAACCACAAAAGAGACGGCUGCCCUCAUGCCAGGUGCCUCACCUUCAUUCACCUUCUUUCUCCCAGAGGGGCAAAUUCUGUCCAACUGUUCUGUACGUGACUGUGACAUGCUCAGAAUCUGUGAUUCCAAUGUGUAAUAAUGUAGAGUUUUUUUUUUUUUUUUGCAACAGAUGUUCCUUUGAGAUGUUGAGACGUACUGUAACUUUUGAAUAUAUUCAGGCAUCCUAUUCUUUUUUUUAAAUAUAAUUAUUCAAGGUCAAUGUGCAAUAGCAAACCAGCUAAUUGAGUUUUGAAAUAAUGGAAAAUGUGAAAAUUUUUACAACAGGAGAUGUCGCUUCAUAAAUACCAAUGUAUAACCAGUGCUGUAAAAUGACUUACUUUCUACCCGCUGGUGUCUGUACCAACUUGGAGGUGUCGUCUCAAGUUUGGCUGCUUUGGUAAAGUGCUACUUUGACCUGUUAAAUUCUGAUUUAAAUGUACUAGUGUCAUAAUGUGCCUGUUAUUUGUGUGUUUUAUGUGGCAUCAAACAUGCAGUUGACCAAAUGUGUUCACAUUUAAACCUCUCUAAUUGAGGUCAUUUUCUGUAUGGUACAGUAAAUGGUAUAUGAAACUUUUGGGUAAAAGAGAGAUGAAGAUAUUCCCCCAUUUGCAUUGCUUUUGAGAAUUAGCUUUAUCAUUGCCUAGUCUUGCUUAUUGUACUCUAAUUAUGCACUAAUGGAAGUGCUUCUGUAUUUUAAUGUAUCUAGCGUUAUAGGAAGGGUAAAUAAAGUCCAUGCAUAUCAUAUCAUCA